UUCCCAACGCAUUUUCCUGCUUUCCUUUUCCACACUGUGGCUUUUCCAGCCUUCACUGGAGGCAGCAACUGCCCUUGUGUGCACUCUUCUUCAUUCCAGAGCAUGCGUCCCAAGUUAAAUGAAGGUCUCUGUUCCCCAUGGACUUUCCAGGGCCUGACUCUGUGCAUCAUAUGUAUUGUUCUCUGUAGGAUAAAGGGUGCCAUAUUGACAAGUGACAGAGACGUGGAGCUGGGCGGCAACGCUACUUUGAGAUGUACCCUAACAAAAUCUCUUUUCACUGUUCAAGUUACAUGGCAGCAAGAGGUUAAUAAAAACGUUGUAAAUGUGGCAGCAUAUGACAACAAACAAAUUCCAAAUAUUAAUGACCAAUACAAAGGUCGAGUCAAUUUAACAAUUUUAGAACUCAAUGACACUGCCAUCAGCUUCUGGAAUGUUAGCACCCAAGAAAAUGGUUGUUACCGAUGCAUAUUUAACACCUUUCCUCCAGGAUCCAAUAGCAAAAAAACUUGUCUUUCUGUUUACGGCCGCCUCAACACAUUUUUACACUACAGCAUCUCUGAUGGGCGCUUGAAUGCCACCUGCUCAGCAACGGGCUUCCCACGUCCCAACAUCACAUGGGUUGCGCCAAGAGGCCUGAAGGAGGAACACGAGAUCACAAAUCCCAAUCGAACAGUAUCGGUCAUAAGCAAUAUCCUUGUAAAUGCCUCAGAUAGCCAUUCUGGACAAGAGAUGAUCUGCAAGGUUACACACAGGGGGAAAGAGAUGGAUCUCAAGGUACCAAGAAAAGGCUAUCCAUAUGCUGUGGUCGUAACUGUACUUGUCCUAAUUUCUCUGACUGUGGUUAUUAUUGCGGUGUGCUGCUGGAAACGACACCAAAAAUAAUGCAGAAGAAUCUAAGGGAAUAAACCAACAUUCUGAAUUUUGUUCCAGGGAACUGAAAAAACAUUCUAGCAACUGUGUCUAUAUAACUAGGAAGUCAUGAAUGCAGCAUCAAUUUAAAGGAGAACCUGGAC